UCUGUACAAACAAUGCUCACUAGGUCUUGAAUUCUGCAGCCUGCCAAUUCCGGCUGAACUCCGUAUUCCGUAUCAACGUUGAUGUGCUAAGUAUACCCAGUCUGCUUCUUAUGUCCUCUUGUCACACACCACGCUUUUGGAGCAUUCGAGCUUCCUCCACGAACAAUGAAGCGAUGUCUCCUUGCACUGCUCCCAGCUGCCUCCGCACUCGAGACGUGGGUCGGCCUGGACCAGCAACCCAUACAGGCAAACCUAUCACAGGCAUACGAUCCUUUCGCGGGCGAGGGGUUUGACAGAUACGUCAAUGACGUACUCGCCGAACAGCAUACACCUGGGAUUGCCAUUGCGGUCGUUCAUGGCAACUCAACAUAUUCCCGAGCCUACGGUUAUGCGGACCUUGAGUUGAAGAUCCCAGUGACACCGAAGACCUUGUUCUUCGCGGGGAGCACAACUAAAUCGUUCACAGCAGCCACUACAUCAAAGUUGGUCGACUCCAACGUUACCGAGUAUGCUCACAUCUCCUGGACUACCAAGCUUGUGGACCUCAUCCGAGACGAUUUCGUACUCGAGGAUGACUACACAACCAACCACAUUAAUUUCGUUGAUGCACUCUCGCACCGUACAGGGAUGCCACGUCACGACUUGAGCUGGAUCGGCCAUGACCCAUCGUUGCGGGAUAUCGUACGACAGAUGCGAUAUCUACCGUUACAUCGAGAGCUCAGAGAUACCUGGGAGUACUGCAACAUCAUGUUCAGCGCUGUGAGUCACGCCAUCGAGACGGUGACGGGAACUGCAAUGAGCGUACUGCUACGUCAAUGGAUCUGGGAGCCACUUGGCAUGACUGAGACUUUCUACGUUCUGGCUGAUGCAUUGGCCUACGUCGAACACUCACACGACAUCACAAUGGCUAGGAGCUAUGAGUGGGUCAACGAUACCUCAAGCUACAGCAAGUGGGCGCUCUCUGAUCUACCUCCAUCGAAUGGCGCCGGAAGCGUAAUAAGUAAUGUGCUCGAUUACACACACUGGGUUCGCAUGUUUCUCCACCCGGAAAAUGCAUCCAAUCCUAUUAGCACAGCUGCAAUCAAGCAAAUGACCACCCGCCAUAUGAUUGUGAACGGCGACUCUUCCCCCAGUCAAGAUCUGACGUACGGUCUGGGACUUGAAAUCGCCAGCUACCGUGGUCAUCGCCUUGUCGAACAUGGUGGCGAGAUUGCGGGAUAUAUGACAGGCAUGUUCUGGCUACCUGACCUCGACUGGGGCGUAGUUCUCAUGCAGAAUACCGACUCUUUUGCUCAUGUUAAUAUCAUGUGGAGCAUGAUUGACGACUUUCUGGACACGCCGGAGAAUGAGCGAGCUGAUCCAGGUGCCAUCGAGCGUCUUGCACGGAGCAAGAGGCUCGAGCAAUCGAAGGACCCGAGAAAGUAUCUAUUUCCUGACGCUGGCGCAUUGGCAACCGUAGGUCCGGCGCUAUCCCUACCGCAUUACGAGGGAAUAUACAGUCAUCCUGCUUAUGGAAAUCUUACUAUUUCGAUCUCUUCUGAGGGGAAGUCGACGGCAGAGUCACGGUCAGGAGCUCCGCUGCCACUGUACGCGCGUCCAUCAGCGAAGCAUUACUGCGAUCUCAGUACUAUCUUCCAUCACGUUAACGGAGAAUAUUGGUACGCUCACGUGAAGUCAGGGCCAGGUCACUGGUUGAUCGAUGAAUAUCAAAAAGCCAGAUUUACCAUAGGGUCCGAUGGUAAGGUCAGCGGGCUUGGUCUGCAAGCCGAGAAGGCGCUCGAUGAGCUUGCAUGGUUUGAGAGACUUGCGUGAGCGUCUGACGACAUCGCGAAAUCAUUCUAGACUCUGUUCGCAGGCUGCGGACACCGCGGGUUACCACAGGUUAAUCAGUACCCUGCGUCCUUAAUAGCAUCAUUGCCAACAGAUCUCGUGCGUUGCGGUUGCUCGACACACGGGCGUUGGAGGCUGUUGAAACGAAGCUCGAUUCAGUGAUUCAACUGGGGUCUGCGCACCGUCCUACGGAAACGCCUUCUUUCUGUCAUCGAUUUGCCACCUCGCUCCGUCUGCGCUGCUAAUUUGCCACCUCGCUCCGUCUGCGCUGCUAACCCGCCAAGCGCUGUUGCAAAGUCCGUAGUGGUUCCGGGGCAGUCC